AUGACGACCGAUUUGUUCGCUUUUAAUGCCCAUUACGAGUACUUCCGACUUUCCUUAUCGUCCGCUCUAAUUCAUCGAAUGCGAUACGCUGUCAGACUGUCACAUCACAAUUGUCAAACUGCUUCCCCAUUGAUUGAUUCGAAAGCUUGUUCAACGUUUGAUCUAAUAUUAGUUUUGCUCGUGUCGAUUCACCAGAAGUUAAAGAAGACUAUCAGGUAUCUCUCAACACUACUUAUGGUACCAACUCUUUCACACUUAUCAUUACUGGAUAUGGGUAACGAAGUUUUCGAAAAAGAACAUGGUCCAAUGUUCUACAGGAAAGAAAAAGACCCUUAA